UCUAACCUCCGCUCUACUCUAACACCCUCUACUAUCCCCUCGCGCCCCUCACUUCUCUACUUUCCUCCUUCCCUUCUACUCCCCCACUUACCCUCUACUGCCACCAUCGCCCCUCUACUGUCCCCUCCCCUCUAGUCUCUCCAUCCCCAUUUCCUCUCUCCUCCUCCCCCCUUUAUUGCAAUUGGAAGUUGUGCUUGAUAGGUGUGUGUAAAACUCAGCUCAUAUUUUCUUCUUAUCCUCACCCCUCCUCAUUUGUGUUCACCAGCAGCAGGUAGGAAGUUUUUGUGAAAAAUGACAGGAGGACCUCAAGGCGUGUUGCUGCUACUUUUCCUGAAUGUCUUCCGUGUGCAGCCAUCCCUGACCGAGUCUCACUCUCUGCUCUAUCAGUACAAUCUCAAUCAUGGGGACAAAGACCUACCGGAGUACAGUGUCCUGGGAAUUUUGGAUGACUGCGAGGUAUUCUAUUUUGACAGCAAUAUGAAAAAAACCAUUCCAAGGCAGCAAUGGUUGGUGGAUGCAUUCGACAAGGGUUACUGGGAUGAGUGCACUGUCACUGUAGUUGGGUUCCAUGGACUAAUCAAGGGACAGGCUGAUGGUUGGCUCCAGAAAGAAAAUCAAACAUCACGAACCCAUUACCUACAAGGACUAUUUGGCUGUGAACUACAUGAGGCCACUCCGAAUGAAGGGAUUUUGAAGUUUGCUCUUGAUGGCAAAUACAUCCUCAGUUUUGACAAAGAUGCAUUAGUCUGGAUUGUACAUGAUCCAGUUGCAGAGGAAUUCAAAACAAAAUGGGAUAAGGAAACAAAGAUGAACCAUUACUUCAAGAAUCUGCUGGAAAAUGAUUGUAUAGAACAAUGGAAGGCAAUCUAUUUCGUUGGAAAUGCCUCUUUAAGCAGAAAAAUUUCUCCUGAGGUCUCACUUAUUGCCAAGGAUGGCCAUCACUGGUUCCUGCACUGCGUUGUGAUUGGAUUUUACCCACAACCCAUCAAUGUGACCUGGCUGAAGAAUGGAAAACAUGCCGAUGAGACGACCUCUUCUGGGUUAUUACCCAACCAAGAUGGGACUUUCCAACUGAAGACAACCCUCCAAUUUGACCCGUAUGAUGGCAACCAAUAUGCUUGUCAUAUUGAGCACAGCAGCAUCCCGGAUGGAAAGACUGUCCUGUGGGAAGGAAAAGUGAAGGAUAGCAACAAUGUGGGGAUGAUUGUCUUGGCUGUACUGGUUUCACUCGCAAUCAUUGUUAUCAUAUUUAUAUGGUGGAGAAGACGAAGAGAUUACAGUGUUGUUUAACGAGUGCCUUAGAAGGUUAAAUGCUAGAAUUGACAGCACGGACAGACCGAAAUUGACAAUUACUUAAUAACUAUGGUUGUUUUAAUUGCAAAUCAUUUUAUGCUUGUUUUAUCUUUUAAUAAUUUUACUAAAACAUUAAUCAUUUGCCCAACUUUGGAAAUGACCACUUACAAGUUUGAUCAUCAAUUGUAUUAACUUAUUGUACAACAACAACUAGAAAUUUCUGGCAUUUUGACAUGUGUGUUGUGAAUAUUAUUACACUGACAUUUCCAAGGAAUGUUCCUUGGAUGCUGCCAGACCUGCUGCGCUUUUCCAGCAACACAUUUUCAGCUCUGAUCUCCAGCAUCUGCAGACCUCACUUUCUCCCAGGGGAGCUCUGAGGUGACUUCCCCCUUUUAUAAUUAUAUACGUAUCACUUCUGUUGCCAACAGGAUGAUUCCAAUGGAAAUAAAACUUAAGGACCUUCUCCAACCUGUUGUCAAUCUUCAGCCAUCAGCAUUUAAAUGGAGUUCAUCUCCUGAAAAUCAACACAUACUAUAAAGGUGUUUUCUGAGUGUUUCAGAGGGAAGCUUUAAAAGUGACUAGAGACAACUGCAAACCUUGCCUAAGUUGACUUAACCCUUUUCAGAGACUGUUGUUUCAUUCUUCCAAGAGAAUUAAUCUCCAUAUGCAUUGGGGAAAAAAAGCCAC